CGCCGGCUGACUAUAUAAGGCUGGUGCUGUCAAAAAAUUUGGCAGAUACGAGACUCGUAUUGUUAUAUAUCAUACGUCUGUGAUACUUCCUAAAAUGAAGGCUUUCUUGGUAUUCCUCCUUCUUGCGAUCGUCGCCAUGGCGACCGCUCUACCCCAAAGAGGCCAGGGGUCUCAAGUGCACGUUGUCGACGGCGGCCAACAGGUGCAAUUCGUCGACAACAGCGACCCAUCCCAAGUGCAAUUCGUCGACAACACCAACCCCGGACAAGUGCAAUUCGUCGACAACGCCAACCCUGGGCAAGUCAACGUUGCAGACAUCAAUAACGACGAAGUAAGAGUAGAGGACAUCAAUCUCCCUAAUUCCGUGAACUUUGUGGACAACAACGGCCAACAAGUCAACAACAAUAGGCCAGGCAGGCCGCGCAGGCCAGGCCAAUUUGUCAUCUCCAACCCUGACUCCUUCUUCGGCCAGCCCUCAAGUGAGUAUACCUACAUUAUACUUUUCCACUUUUCGAAUUGUAAUAAAAAAUUAUAUCAAUAGACUUUUGAGAUAAGCAGUUUGUAGACAGACUUUAAAAUUAGUCUAAAGUAAUAACAUACAUGUGGGGAUGAAAGGGCAAGGUGUCAAGCUGGUAAACUGAGUGAGAGCGGGAUAGUGUGAAAGAGAAGGGUAAAUGGGAGUAAUGGCGGAAGACGAUAAGAGAGAAGACGCA